CCAUUGAUGAUUCUUUGUUUGCGUAUGUAUGCGUCUCCAUAUUCUGUUCUCAGAGAAACCCAUACGCACGCGCGCGCACACACACACUCUCCCUCUCUCUCUAGAAAACGAAAAAGUGAAAAGCCACGAAGCAUCGGGAGGAGAGAGAAAGGCACAAAAGAGAAGUUUAGAGAGAGAGAGAGAGAGAGAGAGAGAGAUUGUGACUUUGAUGAUUGUUGAACAUGGAGCUGCUGCAGAGAAGCUUUUCUUCAAUACAAAGCUCUCUCUUGCUCUUUGAACAUAGUGGGCCCAACAAUUCCAAACCCAACUGUCACGUCUUCUCCUUCUUCUUCUUCUUCAUUUCCUUGUUGCUGUUAUCAGAUACUCUUUGUAAAGCCAUCAACUUUCACUUUCACAAUUGUCACCACCACUACCUCUUUUCUUUGUUUUUUUUUUUUUUCUUUUUUCUUUCAGUCUUUAGUGCCUUCUCAUUUUAGAAUUUCUGCUUAAAAAUAAUGGGUCGGUGCUAGAUAAGCAUUUUAGUCUUCUCUCCCUCUCUUUUUAGUUGUCAAAAGUUAGAUACCCACUUACCAAAACUAAAAAGAAAAACGAAGGAAUAAGAAUAAAAAUAAAAAUAAAAUAAAAGUCCUAUUUUUACCUUCUUAUGUUGAAAAAUUGAUCUGUUUAUUCAUUUUCCCCAUCUGCUAGCUUUUAUUUUUCAUAUUUUUGGAGGGGUUUUUAUCUAUCAAUUCCAGCCAAGUUCGGGGUCUGUUUCGUAACUAUCUACUUUUUGCUGGCAGCUUCUUUAUUUUUAUUUUUUAAUGAAUGCUGGUUUAUGUGCGUUGAAGAAGAUGUUGGUUGAUCGCUGCUGAUUGCUAAUUGAAGAAAAUUGGGAGUUUCAGUUUGGGAAAAAAAGAAGUUCUCUUUAUUCAGUUUGAUAAUGUCAGAGGGCCAAAAGAUUGUCUUUUUUUCUGGAGUUGUCAAGGAUUACCAGCUUUGAAGAUUGGUUAUAUGGUAUAAUAUAAGUGAAGGCAAAAUUUUGUUACCAAGUUUCUGAUUGUUGUAUAAUUUAGAUGAUCUCUGAAAUCUUUUAAAGGGUUGAUUCUUCAGCUUUCAUCCACCUCAACCGUUCUUUCUUUAAGGAAGAUCAAUUGGACUAUCUAAAGUUUAGUGAGGAACUUCAGCCGCUGGUUAAGGCUUGUGGUUAAAAAAGAAAGAUGGGAGAUUUUCUAUUGUCUUACCCUCCAAAGAAAGCUUAGGAAGCCUUGAGCUUGACGCUUUUGAGGAAGCUUCAGUUGUUGAAAUUGGAAACUUUUGUCCACUUUCCUUUGGCUUAAGACACCUAGCUGCAUUGUUGUCCUUCUUGGUCUUAUCGAUUUUGAGAUUUCAGGUGGGCAUACUAAGCGUGCAUUUCAGAUGAAUAAAACAUAAUUCAGGGAGAGAAUCAACCAACCAUUCAUCAUGGCAAAGAAAUCUCAGAAACGCCCUGUGCGACAUGAAAGAGACCAAUCUGGCUGCAUGUGGGGUUUAAUUAGUAUGUUUGACUUUCGCCAUGGUCGAUCAACUCAGAAGCUGCUCUCAGAUAGGAGACGGGGGACUAGACAUGUUGCUCCUGGUAAUGCUUUGGAUAAACCUGACUUGUUGAUAAAUCGUGAUGAAAGUUGUCGAGGCACUGUUGGUGGUGAAGGAAGCACCAAUGUGGCAGCUGAUACCGGUAAGCCAAGUGUGAAAAAACUUAUGGACGAUGAGAUGCUCUGUGAGAAAGAUGCAAAGAAGGAGACAAACAGUGCAGGAGUGGAACCAAAACAGCCUAAUUCAGAUUAUGGAAGCCAAAAAAGGAAAAGCCGCAAAAGAACAAAUAGAAGUCGGACAAAAAGUUGUGAGAUAUACAUAGAAGAUCUGGAUGCUGCUGAGAAUUUGCAACUUGAAAAGCCCUGCCGUCAUCGUUCAGAAAAGCAAUCUACUAAUAGUCUUGACAUGGAUGAUAUGGUGGAAGAGUUCUGCCGCCAGAUCCGUCGCAUUAGUUGCUUAAAGCAUGACCAGCAUGGUGAACUUCACGACCAGCCAAACCAGAAGAACCCUGACUUUGAAGAGAAAUUGAAAGAGGCGAUUGAACUUUUUAUAAGACAUAGGCUCAGUAAGGGUAAACACGGUGCAGUUGAUGAGGAUAUACACCCUUCUAAAGAGCUCAAGGAUGCAAUAAAGAUUCUGAGUUCUGAUGAGGAAUUAUCUAUGAAACUCUUACAAGGUCCAAAGUCUUUAAUGGUGAAAUACAUUGAGAACUUGUGGAAUGCUCAGGUAGAGAAAGAUGAAGUCUCUAAGCCACUUGUAGGAUCUAACUUGUCAGAACAGGAGAUUCGUGACUUAAAACAGACUGAUGAGGUUGUUCACAGUAAACAGCGAAAGUUUUUCAGGAGGAAGGCCAAAUCUCUUGAGAAAACACCAUCGAAUAAGGCUACACAAGCUUCAAAUAAGAUUGUAAUAUUAAAGCCUGGACCUGCACUCCUGGAAAAACCUGAAACUGAAGGAAGCAUUGGGCCAGCACCAGAAUCUCAACCUUUUAUCAGAUACAAGGGACCAGAUGAAAGAGUUGGUUCCUACUUCUUUCUCUCUGAAAUUAAAAGAAAGCUAAAACAAGCUAUGGGGAAAGAGCAACCGGAGAUAGCACCUGAUAGUAUUUCGAAGAAAUUUCCCAACAAGCAUUGGGCAAGGGCAGAUACUGAUAGAAGAUAUAAGGAGAAUGCUGGAAGAAAUUCUCCGGGUAAAGAGCACUUCUUUAUUGAAAAAAUUGCUAGGCCUUCAGGUGUCAAAAAGGGAGAGAAAACUGACAAGUCAAAAGUAUGUGAAACAGGUGUAGAACGUGAAACUGGUAAUAAUUCCAAGCAGAGAUUAACUAACAUUUAUGUUGAGGCCAAGAAACAUCUCUCUGAGAUGGUCACUAGUGGGAAUGGGGAGGGGGAUUUUUCAAGCAGACAGGUCCCAAGAACACUUGGGAGGAUUCUCUCUCUUCCUGAGUACAAUUGUUCUCCUUUUGGAAGUCCUGGAAGAGAUUGGGGGCAAAGCUUUGUUACUGCACAGAUGAGAUUCUCUGCCAAUGACAAAUUUCAGAAACAAGAAAACAAUGUUAGCCAUCUUGGUCGUAUGACACUAAACUCAGAGUCUGAGUUGUGCGCUUCUGAUGAAAACACUAAUGGUAAGGCAGAAGCUUCUAUUGAUUCAAAUUCAAGUGCAUCAAAUGAUAUUGUCCAAGAUAUUGAAGUGGAGAGAAUAUCAUGUUUCAUUGGAGAUGGGACGACUUCUGAAGGUGAUGUGGAAAUUAUUAAAGCAGAUGAAAUUGUGGUCCAGGGAGACGUCAAUAUCUUGGACUCUCUUUCUGAGCCGAGCAACUCUUGCAUAACCAGAGAUGACCAAACUGGUGGCUUGUCUGAAGUUUCUGAUGCAAAAGGCUAUUCUGAUAGCUUGAGAGUUGACUCAGAUGAAGAAAUCCAGCCUCUGCCUUCUCUAUUAACGACUCUAUCCUCGUCUCCAGUAACCAAGAAGGAAAAUGAUCAAGAGUGUUCAGUAGAGGUGUCAGACCGGCCGAGUCCUGUAUCUGUUCUGGAGCCACUUUUCACAGAGGAAGACAUCAGCCCAGCAAGCACCAGAUAUCAACCUGCUGAACUUCCUAUGCCACCCCUAAGAAUUCAGUUCGAAGAGCAUGGCCCUUCAUCAACAGAUUUAGGCACUCAUUUGAAAGCUUGUAUACAGGACAAGGAAUCAGUGUUCGAGUACAUAAAAGCAGUGUUGGAAGCCUCUGAAUUGAACUGGGAUGAAUUCUAUAUCAUGUCCAAUUCUUCAGAUCCACUUCUUGACCCAUCGAUAUAUGAUGAGGUAGGGUUCUAUCCCAACCAGCUUUGUUAUGACAGGAAGCUUCUAUUUGAUUGUAUUAGUGAAGUUCUUAUGGAGGUAUAUGAGCGAUAUUUUGGUUGUCCCCUUGGGUUAUCAUUUGGGAAACCUACUGUCCAACCCGCUCCAGACAUGAAAUAUGCUAUUCAUGCAGUUUGGGAGGGAGUAUAUUGGUAUAUCCUCCCCUUGCCACUGCCUCAUACAUUAGAGCAGAUUGUCAAGAAAGACAUGGCUAAAACUGGAUCGUGGAUGGACCUUCGAUGUGAUAGUGAAACUAUGGUAAUUGAAAUUGGUGAUGCCAUUUUCAAAGAUCUAAUUGGAGAAACUGUGUUGAGUUGCGUAAAUGAAGGUCCGGAAGUUGAAAAUCAUUUACUUCAGGUAGAGCCGAGGGAUGAGAGUAGCAUUGAAUUGUAAAUGACGUUUCACUUCUAUAUGUCCAUACGAAUAAAUAGACCUGAGCUGUUUUUGGUUGGGAGGAAAGUAAGCAAGUCAUUGCUUGUGAAGUAGAAGGAUGAACACUUGAGCAGCUGCAUGUCAGCAGAAGGGCUUCCAUUUUGCAGAAGUCCCGCACAUGACUUGAAUAGUCUUUUCUUUUUUCUAACUUUGCCAUUGAGAUCAUGUACAUAUCAAACACUUCCCACAUCAUAAAACUAAGAGAGCUUGGGAGCUCCACUAGGCAUAAGUCCUCAUAUGAUAGGUAUAAAUCAGAAGCCCAAACUGCAAGUAGUUCUUGCUACUAAACAAAGACUACUCAAUUUCCAUGGCGAAUUUUUAUAAACCAUAACGGCAUCAGUGCCUCACACUCAGCUUACAAUAGAAGUGCAAGUACUAUCACUUUAGCAUUCGUAGAAUUUGGUGUGUUGAUUGUGGCAUGUACGAGUUAAGGCAGCUUGUGUUUUUUUGACCUUUUCCUUUCUGUCCUGAUUUCAUUCAUUCUUCUGCCAACUUUCUCUCUUUUCAGGAUAUCUAUGAGUUUGUGAUUACUUGGAUGUAUUAUAUAGGAGGGUUGAUUUUACAGGAGUGUUGUAUGCAAGUAACAAGCUAUGUGUGCUGUUAUGUUCUGAUUUAUAAAUAAUAAUUACAGAAAAUAUGUGGAAUACAUUGGAUAA